AUGAAGCUCACUUGCCUUGUCUCUCUUGCUGCCUUUGCGGUAUCUGCCCUCUCUAGUCGCCCAUCUCCCGAACCAAAGUUUACGUUUCUCUUCCAAGUAAAUCUAACCAGGGGACCUCAAAUCGUCUACGAGCAGAACAAGGACGGGACUGAGGUCAAAGCCUUUCAGGAGCUCACUGCUGGUGGGACAGUCAGGGGACCCAAGAUCAAUGCCACUAUGGUCAGUGGAACGGCGUUAGCUUCGGUCAGCGCCGAUGGGAUAAUUCAAGCGGACGCCAGCUGGUUGAUGAACACCACGGACGGGGCAAAGAUUUUGGUCACAGAGCAAGCAAAGAUUCCAUAUGUCAACGUGCUGUUUGCAACCAGUUCUGAGAAGUAUACCUGGCUCAACAAUGUCACUUCAUGGGCAUCUCCACAAGAUGGGGCCAUGGGGAGUUACUCCCUGAACUACUGGCAGGUCUAUUGA